AUAAAAGAUGAACUUCUUGUGUGGAUAUUUUGUUGCCGCAUGUCUUAACCAGUCAUGAUCUUUCAAACUGCAGCGCUCAGCUUCCUCCUCUGCUCUGUCCAGAGUUCCACCACACAGGGUUUUUCUGAAAAGAUCCAGGGGAACUCAGACAACACCAUUGCAGAUGAGGAAUUAAGUGUCUCCACAUUGCUGGAAAGAGCCAACGUUAAUGUUGGAAAGAACCCGGAUGAACCUCUUGUUAUGUUUGGAGACAUAGCAAUACCAAGUGGUCUGGAGAAUGCUGAUCCUUGUACACAACGAGGUUGCCUUUGGCCAAAAUCAUCUGAUGGCAACGUGUAUGUGCCGUAUCGCAUCUCCAACCAGUACUCCUCUGGAGAAAGAGAGACCAUCAUCCAAGGUCUGCGGUCAUUUGCGGCUUCCACUUGUGUUCGAUUUACACCCCUGAAUGGACAGAGCGACUUUGUGGACAUCCAGUCCCGUUCGGGUUGUUUCUCGUUUGUUGGACGUCGUGGUCGCGCUCAAGUGGUGUCUUUGAGUCGCCGGGGUUGUGUUUUCCAACAGGUCAUCCAACACGAGCUGCUCCAUGCAUUGGGAUUUAAUCAUGAACAGACUCGAUCCGACAGGGACCAGCAUGUUCGAAUACUCCUCCAGAAUGUCAUUAGUGGAAUGGAAAGCAAUUUCCGGAGGAUUAAUACAAGAAACCUUGGUACUCCCUAUGACUACAACUCUGUCAUGCACUAUGGAAGGUUUGCCUUCUCCAGGAACAGAAGGCCAACAAUUGUUCCUAUCCCUGAUAAUAACGUCAGCAUCGGCAGAGCAACCCAAAUGAGUCCUGUUGACAUCCGUCGUGUGAAUAUUCUUUACAGUUGCAGUUCAUAUCUUUUGCCAAAGUCCAGUCGCCUUGCCUGAUUUAGUUUCGAUUCUUAUGUCAUUCUUGCAAGUACCCACAGAUGGGUCAUAAAUCACACACAAAAAUAAAUGAAGAUACA